AUGGACGCCUUGAUGGAACAAUCCUCUAUUCUGCUGGUUGUCGCUGGCGUGGCUGUUGCUUUGAUUGCUCAGUCACUCUUUUCAACUCCUGCCAAACAAUUGGACGACACUCCCACAACAUCUCAAGCCAAGUCUUCCACGCAAGCAAACGCUGCCAAGAAGAAGAAGAAAAAGGCUAAAAAGAAGGCUGCCCCAAAGAAAGCGCCAGAACCUGAGCCAGAACCUGAACCCGAGCCUGAACCCGAGCCUGAACAAGCUCCAGCCCCUGCUCCUUCCAAAAAGAAGAAGAAGAAAAAGAAAAAGGCUGCUGCUCCCCCUGCCCCUGCCGCUGAACCAGCUUUGGAACCAGUGCCUGAACCAGCUUCGGAACCAGUGAAGGAAGAGCCCGCUCCAACAGUCACUGAUGAAGAUGACGAAGAAGACGACGAUGAGGAUGUUGCUCGUCUGUUGAACUCCACUCAACUGUCCAAGGCUCAAAAGAAGAAGAAAAAGAAAAAGAAGAAAAAGGCUGCAGCUGCUGAAGCCGAAUCGAAGAACGAACAAGAUGAAGGAAGCUGGGUCGUUGUCAACAAGCAUCACAGCAGUAAUAACAGUACCAGCAACACUGCCGCUUCUACCAAUGAUGCCGAUGCCAAACGCACUGAGAUCAUUCAAUUCGAUGCCAAUGACAAGCCCGUCCUCGUCGGACCCAAGGGAGCUACAAUCCAGAACAUUACCACCACUUCUGGAGCUCGCCUCGAUAUUGACUUGCCGGUGCUUAAGAUCACCGGUACCGAAGCUGCCAUUGCCACUGCCAAGGAGAUGGUCGAUAAGCUUCUUUCGUCACACAAGGCCAAGUCUGCCUAUAGCAUCACUUUGAGUGGCAAGGAUAUCAAGUCUUCUGAAGGAAUCAAGGCCAUCAUCGGAAAGGGAGGAUCGAACAUUAAGCAGAUCCAAGCUACCACUGGAUGCAAGCUCGAUGCCAACAUUGAUGAAGGCAAGGUUGUCAUUACUGGUUCUUCCGAAGAACAAAUACAAGAAGCGGCGACCUUGUGUCGUCACACUGUCUUUGGAGAACAUCAAGUCGCCAUGGACCUCAAGAAUAAAGGUAAUGUCAUGGUCGUCAUGGGCCAAGGCUACAAAAAGAUUCGAGAGUUCCAAGACGCUUCAGGAGGUGCCAAGUUGGACUUUGUCAAGAACACCACCACCCUGCAGAUCUCUGGACCCACCGCUGCCGUCAACAAGGCUCGCGACAUGGUCACUGCCUGGCUCAACCACUGCGCUGGAAUCACCCUUAAUAUUCCACAAUCUGCUCCCGGAUCCUUUGAUAAGGUCGGAGCUAUUUAUGGAAAGGGUGGAGUCACCAUCCGCACCAUUCAAGACAAGACUGGCGCUUUCAUCAACGUUGAUGACAAGGAAGGCAAGGUCCAAAUCUCUGGUGCCCCCGCCGCUGUCCAACAAGGCCUCAAGAUGGUCCAACAAGCCAUGGAAGAUGGCUGCCUCAUGGAAGAAGGUGAAAUCAAGGAUUCCAUCAUUAUCCCCAAGAACGCUGGACCAGCUGUUAUUGGCCGAGGUGGUUCCGCCAUUAAGCAAUUGGAAAAGACUCAUUCUGUCAAGGUUCGUGUCAGUGGCCAAACCUGCAUUAUGAUUGGAGAUCCUGCUGCCGUCGCUCGUUGUAAGACGGAAGUCACCGAAACCAUUCAACCCUUUAUUGAAGAAGAACGUAUCGCACAAGAAGCCGAACGAUUGGCUGCGGAACAAGAAGCUUCCGCAGGUGGUGGUCCAUGGAGCGCUAAUUUGCAAGAUGAUGUUGCCGAUGGUUGGUAA